UAUUUAUGAUCUUAUUAGUACAAAGCUUUAAGCCCUCCCAAUUCCCAUCUAUUUCUCGAAGUCGAUGCAGUCUUCUUCACGCCCAUGCUCUUCUUCUUUAGAUAAGAGCUUGGUUAAGUGCAUAAACGGUCAAUAAUGGAGAAAAAUGAAGUGGGUGUUUAGUGGUUUUGAAGAAGAAAGGGAAAAUUAUUGGUUCUAAAGGGCUGAUUUUGUGUAUUUUUGUGAUUUAGUACAUACAAAAAGUGAAGAACUGAAGUGGGUGUUUUCCUGGUUCUGGAGAGGUAAGGUGAUUUUUUUUGUUCAAAAUGGUGAUCUUUGUGUAAUUUUGGUUCUCUCAGGAGCUAGGUUUAGUUCGUAAACCGGUCGAGGUUGAAUUUUUCGGUUCGAAGGACUGAUCUUUGUGUAAUUUUGGUUCACAUUGGUGCUUUGUUGAGAAGAUUUUUGUUUUGGAAUGGAAGGAGUGAUGGGUGCAAACACUGCUCAAACAAGUUCAGUCAAUAAAUCCCAAGUUCUGGAUGUAAAACCGGUACGCACUUUGGUUCCUAUAUUCCCAGGGCCGUCCGAGGGUGCUCCUUUUGUUUGUGUAUCUCCUAACGGCCCUUUCCCAUCCGGGUUUUCGCCCUUUUUCCCAUUUAGCGGAUCAAGCCCUAACCAAAAUGGCGUCAAUCCAACUGCUUCACCGAUUCGACCGUUUACGGUCGAACCUUCUAAUGGCCAGAACGAAUCACCACCGAUGGCUGCACGUGGUGAUCAAGGACAGAAACCGGCUACAACAAUGGCUGCACAUGGUAAUCAAGGACAGAAACCAGCUACACCAAUGGCUGAACAUGGUAAUCAAGGACAGAAACCGGCUACACCGGUGGAUGCACACGUUAAUCCUAUCAAGAAAAGGGGUAGGGGAAGACCGAGGACUCGGUUUCCUUAGUAGCCGCUGCUUGGUAAUCUCAAUGCUGGAGUUAGUGUAUCUGAACAAUAAGAUGUUAACAUGGGUGACUAGGCUGGAAAGCGUGGGUUUCUAGGUAUGAUGCAUUUAGGAGGAAACAUUAGCCGAAAGGAAGAUGCGAACGAAUCGAAUAUUCCGGCAGUGCUGGAUACAGGGUUGCCGACUGAUACGAGAGAGAUAAUCGGGGUCGUUUGAUGACGGAAUCGUAGACCAUCGAUUUCUUCCUAAUGGUGAUUUACAGGGAGAGCUGUUGGUAUUCUUUGAGAAGGUAGAUUUUCGUGU